UACUUUAUCAGAGCUGCAUUUACUUGUGCACUUUGCUUAAAGUUCUUUAUGAAAAAAAGCCGCAAGUGCAACGACAUAGAAUAGUUAUGUGUGCAAAAUGUUAAAUGUGUUUGUUGUUAUUAGCGCCAUCAUUCUGACCCAAUGCUUUACACAAGUAUCGUCCACGUCCACCAUCUCUAUACCCAUCACUACGCAGGACAUUAUUGCUGGUGACGUGUUUUUUGAAAUUAUCGAGCCACAAGAUUUGGAGUACACCUACAGGCUGCGACCGGCCAAGGACUUCGGUGUGGCCUUCUCACAAAAGUUGGAGGGCGUGCCCCUGGUGCUGGCUGAUCCGCCAAGUGCGUGCGGCAAGAUUCGCAAUGCGCGGGAUUUGCGAGGCAGUAUUGCGCUCAUGGACAGGGGCGAGUGCUCAUUCUUGGCCAAAACCGCGCAGGCAGAGGCUGCUGGAGCGGUGGGCGCUAUUAUUACGGAGUACAACUCAAAUUCCCCGGAAUUCGAGCACUACAUCGAGAUGAUACACGACAAAUCAAAUCGGGAUACACAAAUACCUGCUGGCUUUCUGCUUGGAAAGAAUGGUAUCAUUAUACGCUCGACGCUCCAGAAGCUGAACCGUGUGCAUGCGUUGAUCAACAUACCGGUGAAUUUAACAUUUACUCCACCAUCGAAAAUCAAUCAUCCGCCUUGGCUGGGCUGGUGAGCCAGUGAGCGGUGCAGUCAAACUGAAACCAAAGUGCAAGCUGAGUCAACGUCUGCCUUGAACUUUAAUCAUAGUUGGUAUUAUGUUCUAUUUAUGUAAUUGUACAUGGUGCACCUUACAAUGACGUCACCUAGUUUAUAGGGCAGCAAACUGAAACUGAGACUAAAACGUAUAUAAGUAGCUAAUUCCUAGAUGCAAGCAAUCCAGCCACUACGUUGGCGACACACAAAGCAUUAAGCCAAAAGUUGUAAAUAAAUUACAAGCCCCAAGUUGUAAGCUAGACA